UGUUUACACAAAAGGUGUGAUUGAAGCUCAACGACGGGAGUCAAUGAAAGUGCGAGAGCGCAUGAGAAACGCGAAUACUGGAGAUUACGAACAAAAGAGAAAAUUUACUGGAUAAAGAUAUACAGUACCUCAGUUCCAUAACAUUCUUAUAUUGCAAAAUAUCACAUCAGUUCUCAGUAAACAAACACAAACUACAUUCUUCUUUUAAAAAUUAAAACAAGAAUAAAUCAGCAAGAUGGCUGGCUUACCUGCUCUUAAUGAGGACCAGAUGAAGCUGGUUCAAGACCUGGAGAUUGAGAUGAUGUCCGACAUGUACACAAGAAUGACAAACUCCUGCCAUAAAAAGUGCAUCCCAACAAAAUAUAAAGAUUCAGAAAUUGGCAAAGGAGAGGCAGUAUGUAUUGACAGGUGUGUGGCCAAAUAUUGGGAAAUUCAUGAACGUGUUGGAAAGAAACUACAGAAAAUGUCCACCCAGGAUGAAGAAGCCUUGAAAAAAAUAGCAGCAGAACAGGGACUUGUUAAAUAAUGUCUGACAGUAAUAAUGAUUUUUGUAAAGAAAGUAAGUUCGUAGUCUUUGUAAAGUAAUUUGAGUUUAUUAUGUCUGAGACCAUGGCAAAAUUGCAGUCAUUUAGUGUACAUAAUACAUAGGUGCUUCUGAUACAGCAAGUAUUAUGCUGUGUGAUUCUGUUUUAUGCUAAAAUUAUAAAAUAAUUGGCAGUGAUUUUUUUAUAAUGUAUAUAUGUAUACCGGUACUUCAUUACUGUAUGCUCUUUUAUAGAUUUUGUACACAUUAACUCAUAUGUUAACAGUGCAGUCUUUGACAAUGUAAUUUUUUAUAUAAUUGUAUUAAUUAUCUUUGCUAGCAUCUUUUAUACCAUUCCCACAAUAUGGGGUGAGGAGGGUUAGCUUAGCCUAGCCUUGAUGUGAGAAGUGCAAAUAACACCCCACCAAUCAUAUCAGCCAUGGGACAGAACCUGUGAUGGAUUGGAAGUCCAGAGUACUACCAGUGGAGCUGUGUAUUACCAAAGGUCAUGCAUAUAAAGCUAUACAACUCAGGCAAAACCAUUGAGAAUCUCUGUUCAGGUUUUAAACUGGUAAUAAAGAUAUGAAAUGUUCUGGUGACAGCUGUGAAAUGGCCUUGUAGAAGAAAUUAAAGAUAAAAUAAGUCAAAGGAGUUAACAUUGUAGAAAAUUUACUUUUUAAAGAGGAACAGGUCAGAGCGAUUUAAAAGAUGUGAGAAGAUAUGGUUCCAAAGUUUAGCAGUAAAAGCAAAGAAACAGGCCUUUUAUGUUUACCUGAUGCCCAUAUAUUUGUACAUAAUUAUAUUUGGUUUAAAGGAAAUAACUUACAAUGGCUACAGGCAUCUUUCAGGCAUAAUGUUACUUUUAACAACAGCUGCAUCUGUAAAAUGUUAUUCUACUUACAGAAAGUAUAGCUAUAGCAUUUGGAUACAGACAACAUUGUUUGCAUUUGAUCUGAUUGGUCUGGAACAAACUUAAACUGAUACAGUAUUUGGUUGGACAAUGACUUUUGACAAAGGCAACUCCACCUUCAGUUACAAACUCUAAAGUGGUCACUUGAACAUCUUUGUGCAUAUGAUCUUUGGGAUUUUUUUCAUCCAUGCUUUGCUGCAGAUCAUCCUAAAGUUUGUGAAGAAUGUUCAGUACAUUAAAUGAUAAAAAAAAAUGAUGUUUAGAGUAUGUAUUACUGUUACAUUUAAUAUUUAUAGCGAGGAUAAUGGAAGUUGCUGAAGUUUGUAGAGAGAAUAGAAUUAUAAUUUCAACAUGUAAA